AUGGCAGCAUCGAAUUUCAGUGAUUUGUAUUUGGCAUGUUGUAAUGGUGACGUUGCCGUAGUCGAACGUUUAUUGCCAGUUACUUCAUUGAAAGAUCUUAAUCAUGUAGAACGAGAUGGAUGUACUUGUCUUCAUGCUGCUUCCGCUCGUGGCUAUAGAAAUAUUGUUCGCCUUCUUCUUGCACAUGGAGCAUAUCGUCGUGUACAAGAUCGACAUGGUCGUUCACCUUUAGAAUUAGCAAGAACAGGAGAAGUUGCAAGACUUUUUGCUCGUUCGGCAGAAGCAUCACAACAACGUUAUAGUGCUAGUCCAGCUCAACAACCAGAAUGGCAAUUCGAGGACGAUCGUGCUGAAGCAUUUUCACGCGCUAUUCAUUGGGGAUGUAUGAAAGAUCGUGGUAUAAAAAAAACAGUUAAAAAAAUUCAGAAAGCACAGGUUAUAGUAGAUGAUGGAGAAAAAUCAACUGAAAUUGUACAAAAUUAUUUUAAAGAUGCAUUAGAACAAAAAAAUCCAAUAUACUUACUUAAAGCUUAUACUACUGAAAGCCAAUUUUAUAAACGACUUAAUCGUGAAAUGGCUACUGGAAAUAGUGAACAAGUAUUUGAGAAAUUAUGUCGAAAAUGGACGGGUUAUUAUACAGGUAUUAUUGCGAGAAAUCCUGCAUUUGAACGUUUUCGUUUUUCGGGACAAACAUAUCGAGGAAUGGAAAUAACUAGAGAUGAUUAUGCACAGUAUAAAAUUGGUACUGCAUUAUCAAAUAAAUCAUUUCAAUCAACAUCAAAAUCAUGGAAAAUUGCCAAAGGCUUUGCUUAUCCAGCAGAACCAAAACCUGGAAGAUUACCUGUUAUUCUAAUUUUUACAAUAACUGAUCGAAGAUCUGCAUUGAGUAUUGAAGAUAUAUCAGAUUAUCAAGGUGAAGACGAAGUUUUAGUUUUACCUGGCACUUUAUUUAUAGUAUCUAAUAUCAAUGAAGAUCAAAUACCUUACGAAGUUGAAUUAGAACAACUUGAAUGGAAGAAUGAAUUUUGA